UGUAGCAGGCCAGUACACAUCGUGCUAAAUAAUUUUCAAAGUACAGUGACUUUUGGUGUUACAGUUGACAAUAAUUUUCUCGACAUUAAGUUCUAUUGUUCAGAGAUAGUUUUCAUCCGCGACAAGAAACUUUGCGAGUUUUGUGCGGGGAUUCUCAGUGGUGAUUUGUAUUUCGGAAAUGUGUUACUGAUGCGUUAUUUUUGACUAUCGGGUGAGCUGCUAUAGUGUGAAACUAGACAUCGGAUCUGCUUCAAAAAACUUCAUUGAUAUUUUCGCAUCAUUGACAAAUGUGUUACCACUGUUGAUAACAGUCACUCGGGGAUAUGGAUAAUUUUACGAGAUGGCAUUACGCGCUGCUACUGGGAUUAUUGAUUGCUUCUAAAUCGAAAUAUUGUAAUGGCGAGUCGUUCGAAGAUACAACACAAGUGGAAUACAGUGUCAGCAGUAGUAGCAGUGCGAGUGUAGGUAAUGAAAGACUUAUCGAGACUGAAGAUGACGAUGACGACGUCGACGAAAAACCUGCCGAAACAGCUGCCCUAUUGGAUAUAUCAAAUCACACGAGAGAGGCUCUUACUCAGGAAGCAAACUCGCCAGAAUCGGUGGUUUUCAUCGGAGAUACGUCAGAUUAUGUUCCUGUGCCUUCUCUACGAUCCAUAAAUCCUCAGACUGCCGAAGAUGAUAUAGACUGGCAACAUCCAUUGGACACGUGGGAUAGGGAAUAUCGAAGAUUCCGAUUCAACAACACGAGAGUUCAACAUAUUGAAGCGGAAUGUCAAGAUGAUUACAUGAAAAUAAGAGUAGGAUUCAAUGGAACAUUUAGCGGUUUAGUCUACUCUGCAGGUUACGCCUACGACCCGGAUUGUAUGUAUAUAAAUGGAACAGGAAGAGACUAUUACGAAUUUUUCAUUCAGUUAAACAGAUGUGGAACAUUGGGAAAGAAUACACACAGUGAAGAAAAUAGAAAAACGCCAACAAAAAACUUUAUGUGGAACACAGUUACUGUUCAAUACAAUCCACUGAUUGAAGAGGAAUAUGACGAACAUUUCAAAGUGACUUGCGAAUAUGGAUACGACUUUUGGAAAACUGUUACCUUUCCAUUUCUAGACGUUGAAGUAGCAACUGGAAAUCCAGUGGUGUUCACUUUAACCCCUCCGGAAUGUUACAUGGAAAUCAGAUAUGGAUACGGCACUACAGGAAACAGAGUGACAGGCCCCGUGAGAGUAGGAGAUCCACUCACAUUAAUAAUUUAUAUGAGAAGCAAAUAUGAUGGAUUCGACAUUGUGGUCAACGAUUGCUACGCCCACAAUGGAGCCACGAAGAAAAUUCAACUGAUUGACGAGUACGGAUGUCCGGUCGAUGACAAAUUAAUCUCGAGAUUUCGGGGUUCUUGGUCAGACUCUGGGGUGUACGAAACUCAGGUCUUCGCUUAUAUGAAGACGUUCCGUUUCACAGGAUCUCCGGCACUAUACAUCGAAUGCGAUGUGAGAAUGUGCCACGGAAGGUGUCCGAGCCAACCAUGCCAUUGGCGAAACGUUAAAACUGUGAGAAAAAGAUCUAUCGAUGCCAAACCGAACACAACAAUCGCUCCAACCAUUCCCGCCCUUUCGGAAAAUGUGAAUUUGUUCCAGUCCCUUAGAGUUCUGCAGGAAGGUGAAUCAGAUGAAGAAAGAAACAUAUCUGUUACAAACCAGGCCACGGACGCAAACAGCGUAUGCAUGAAAACAGGAUGGUUUUCCGCACUUCUAGCUCUGGGAGGAGGUGCUAUGUGUCUCUUAGGUGGAGCUCUUCUAGCAACAUGUACCAGGAUGAGAAAGGUCUCAAUAGAUAAAGUGUUGACGAGUAGCCAAUUCAACGGUUACAUGAACCACAGGGGUAGCAUAAAUUGAGUAUAUUCCUAGACACUUGUGAUAAGCGCUUGAAGGUGUGAUGCCUUCUAACCUUCAAAAAUGAUUGAAUUUUGAGUCCAUUCACACCGACGAAUAACCAUCACUUCAAGAGGAUUCGCAAAUGAGUGAAUCUGAUGAUAUUUUGUAAAGAAACUAGUUUGGUGCUGUGCAACUGAUGCAAAAAUUGGACAUUAAUACUAGGUUAUAGUUUUUUUAGAUGUAAUACUGAUACCGUUAUGGUCAAUCAAUAGCUCAAUGUGAGGAAGACAGAAUACUCAAAUAGUGAGUUCAGAUGUGACAUUUAUUUCUGAGUCAUUUCGAUAUCCCUACUCUAAUAAUGGUGCCGUGGCAAAACGAAUGAACAUUGUAUUUGCACUUUCUUGCUCUCAUUGUAAUGUCAAUCAUGAUAAACUGAGCGCCCGAUCAAUAUAAUAUUUUAUUUCAUACUGUCCCUGCAUAUAUGUAGCUGUAAGAAAUGUCUUGCAGUCUCAUACUUUCAGUAGUAACUGAAUGAACACGGUUUUUCUGUUUCUGUUCCUUCCAAUAACAACAAGAAAUGUCCUUGAUGACAAGUAUCUAUAAUGUUUUUCGAAGAAGUCUCAACAUCAUAUGAACCUGUUCGAGCUACUUACACCUAAUUCGUAACAAUUACUCAUAUGUUUGAAGAAAUUUCUUUCGAAAGAGAACUUACGAUGACUAUCAUCUAUAUCAUUUUGGAGAAUAUAAUCACAGUAAAAAUGUCAUUGAAAAAUCUUCGGCGGACCAUCGUUGAUGGUAGGAACGACGGCUGUCUCCUAUGCAAGAGAGAGCAAAUAAUAGAAAAAUUAAAAAGCCAGUUGACGUCCACCAAAUUUCAUAACAUAGUUAUAAAAGACGUGAUAAGUAGAAUUUGAAUCCCCUGUUGUGAAAUGAAUUUUUCGAAAAAGACUCUGCCUUUACCAGAACAAAAAUGGUGUCUCUCGACAUGCAUUUCACUAAUCAAAUUAGCAUAAUCAGGAAGAUGACAUCUCCUGAUAAGAAAAGGCGCUUCAAGAGACAGCAUUUUUGUUCUGGUGAAAGAACAAUGUUUCCAAGUCAUAUAUGAGUCAUAUCUGAAAUUAUCAAUUGGGAAUAAAUUGGUCUAUCACUGGCCACGGGCUAAAGGUGCUAACCACUACGAGCUUGAUACAUAUAAGUUAUUUUUCAUUCAGCGAAAUUCUGCACUAUAAGAUAUAUACUCGUACAUAAUAUAGGUUAGGUUAGGUUAAAAGUGAGUGGGUCUAUUCGAUCCUUCACCGCAACCCACAAGAGUUUAUUGUGGCUCACACCUUUUGACACUCGACGAAAUAAACCCAGCUUCCUAAAGAAGCCGAUCAGUUUAUAUGUAGAGUGAUCUUUCAGGUCAGAUGGUAAGAGUGCGGCUCUGCCAAACUCUGAAACCCUGAUUCGGUCCC